AUGGCUUCAGCGUGGCAGGCUGCAGGCUCGCAGGUCCUAACUUCAACUUCAACGUCGAACGCGUCGGACUUACGAUUUGAAUCUGAUACUUACUUCCCUGCGUUACCCUAUUACAAGAUGACAUUAACGCAAACGGACAAAUCACAAUUCCAUCCCUAUUUCUCUUUCUUCAUACCCGAAUCCUUGCAGCCCAAGAGAUCAUCCAGGAUUGAAGAGCUUCUUCUUUCUAACAAGCCUCCGUCGGAAUUUGAAAAGCAGGAAUUGCUCGAAACUCUUGCUAGAGGCCCUCAAACUCUUGACGAGUUUGACGAGAAAAUUUCUGCGACACGGCAUUUGUUGGAUUUUCUGGUUUCUGAAAGGGACCAGGCUGCGUCCAAUAUCUCCGACGCCAAAUCUCUUUACAAGCUGUACGCAGAUGAGGCGUUCAAUGGGGAGCUUGUCGUUUUAUGGCCCGCCGUAGAUAUCGAAUCAGUCCAACCAAGCCAACCGCCGUGGACUGUUUCUUGCGUCUGUCAACAGUGGAGAACUGUCGCCAUUCACACUGCAGAUUUAUGGUCGUUCAUCGAACUCAAUCUCGAUCAAAGACAUAAAAACAAAGACUCAGAGAUGGCCAAGAACCGCGUGUUCCGACUUGGCUUAUCACUGUUCCGAGCCCACGGUCACGAUCUCUCCAUUCGUGUUUACGGUAAGAAUAGCGUUGCAGACGUCUCUCCGAUCCUGCAAAUGCUGUUCCCCACCGCUCCGUAUUGGAGGCGACUAUCAGUCUUGCUUCCUUUUUCUUCAUUUCUACACUUUUCUGUGUGCAAGGGCUAUCUCAAUCGCCUAGAUACUCUGUACAUAGGCAGUGGAAGACCUGAAAUCGAUUCCCUCAAUAUUGACGCCUUCCAACUUGCUCCAAGUCUAAAGGUCCUUGGUACCUUUAUAUAUGACUCUGCUUUCACGCGCUUUUCCGUUCCUUCCUCAGGAAUCACGAGUUUUAUAUCUGGAGGCCCCAAUGCAUUUGGUGAGCCCAUAGAACCAAUUCUUUUACAUAAUGUGACCUUCCUUCAUAUGUUACACACACCUUGCUCUAACGGCAUGUCCAGCGCCGAUAUGUAUUCUCGCCUCAGCCUUCCAUCUCUCCGACUGUUAAAGAUAUCCUUUUACGGAUCGAAGCAGACCUCCUUUCCAGUUGUUAUCAACCCUGAAUCAUGUCCCAUUGAAGUGCUUGUGAUUGCCCUCUAUUAUCCAUCGCCGGAAGCAUGUAUUCAGAUAGGCGACGAACUUCGCAAGUUUUUACGCGGGACUUCUAAACUAGAGAGGCUAUACAUCCUGACCCAAAAGGCGGAAUUACCAGAUCAAUGGUUCAAUGGUCUGGUAUACACCUCGGGGCAAGAUUCAGUAGCUCCGCGUCUCCGCUUGUUAAGUAUGCCACGCGGUCGUAUCUCAGCGGGAGAUUUGAGAUGCCUCGUAAAUGUAGUCGAGUCUCGGAGGAGGACAGAUGUUGAUCCAUCGGACAGUGGACAAUGUGCGUUGUUGGAGCAAGUGGUACUUGGCCCCGAAACCCUAGAGUUUGACGACGAGGAGCUCUCAGCAAGAUGGAUGACUAUGCGUGCUGGGGGAUUAAUUGUCACACAAAGAGAAAAGUGA